AUGAAUGGGAUAGGGAAAAGGAGGGUUCCACCAUCCCCACAUGAGUUGCUCUACACUGUAAAUAGAGCACAAGUUGAAGAGACGGGGAAGAAGAUAUUCUUCUUACUGCCGGAUUUGAUUGCUCCUGGGGUUAACAUUUUGGCUGCUUGGACUGAUGCCGUUGGCCCAACCGGGUUAGACUCCGAUCCAAGGAAGACAGAGUUUAACAUCCUGUCAGGAACUUCCAUGGCUUGCCCUCAUGUUAGUGGUGCAGCGGCUUUGCUUAAAUCCGCACACCCUGAUUGGAGCCCGGCUGCAAUUCGAUCCGCAAUGAUGACUACUGCAAGUAUAACCGAUAAUACAAUUCGGCCUAUGAUCGAUGAAGCAACUGGAAAGCCUACGACUCCUUACAAUUUCGGUGCUGGACAACUAAAUCUCGGUCGUGCAAUGGAUCCCGGACUUAUUUACGACAUCACCAACAGUGAUUAUGAAAGCUUCUUGUGUGCUAUUGGUUAUAAUCCCAAGUUAGUUCAAGUUGUUAUGCAGUCUCCGGUGGUUUGUCCAAUGAAGAAGCCAUUGCCCGAGAACCUUAACUACCCCUCAAUUGCAGCAUUGUUUCCAACCACAUCAAGGGGUCCAUCGAGCAAAAGGUUCACUAGGACUGUGACUAAUGUGGGUCAGGCAAACGCCAUUUACAUCGCGAAGAUAAACGCACCGAGAGGAGUUACUUUGACGGUGAAACCGAUGAAGUUGGUGUUUGUCGCGACCGUCUUUCGGUUGGGCCUCGAAAUUAGGCUUCGACGUGAAUGA